AUGGGCCAAAAGGAUUCGACAAGCAAUCGAACUGCCCACUCACAGCCGACGCAAAAAACAGUUGAAAUUGAUUCUCAUGAAAUUUCCUUCCCGAUCAUUGCCAUUGGCGACUCACUCACAAGAGGAUAUUAUCAAAAGGGAAUUAAAUACCAUCCGUAUUGUGUUGAAUUAACUCGAUUACUCAACAUGGAGGUGGAAAAAUAUAAAGUCUAUCAAUUCGGAGUGAGUGGAGAACAAACAAGUUCAAUGAAAGAACGAUUACCAAGAUUUCUUUUGAAACAGCUCACAGAAUAUGAUGUUCAUUAUCAUUGUGUGGACGAAAGGUUUGAUAACAUGACUCCAAACGCCUUGCCAUUUGUGCCGUCGAAAGAUUAUAGAGCUGCUAUCAUUAUCGGAGGAACGAAUGAUUUGGCUUUCGUGAAAUCGAGUGAAGAUAUUACCAAUAAUUUAAUUGACAUGUAUAAUACUUGUUUAAAACAACAGAGUAUUGAAUGGAUUAUAGUAUGUUCAAUUCCUUCGUGUUUUGCAGAUGAUAUGGAACAUUUACAAGUGAAAAAACAACAAGUGAAUGAAAAUAUACGAAAUUUUGUACAACAAUGCAAUCAGAAACAACAAUUUCCAGGAAAGAAACUGAUUUUUAUAGAUUUAAUGAACGACCUUAAUUGGAGAAAAUGUACUCCAGAGGAAAGAAUGGAAUACUGGGAUACAGACAAGUUACAUUUCACUCCAAAAGGGUCAGACAAGUUGGCACAAAUUAUAUUUUGUGGUUUGAAAAACGCCAACAUGUUGUAA